CGCCGCUCUGGCUGCUGGGUCGUGGCGCUGCGCCGCGGCCUGGCUCGGCUCGGCUCGGCUCCUGCCCGCACAACCUCGGCGGCCCCCAGGGGAGGGGACCGGAGAGAAGAGGAGAGGAAGGGAGAGGAGGGCAGCGGGGUCCGCCCCGCCGGCUUCAGCUCCCUCACGCCGCGUCGGGCCGCGCUCCGGCCGCCUCAGCCGCCGCCAUGACCACGGAGGACGAGAUCAUCCGCAUCGCCAAGAAGAUGGACAAGAUGGUGCAGAAGAAGAACGCGGCUGGAGCUCUUGAUUUAUUGAAGGAGCUUAAGAAUAUUCCCAUGACCCUUGAGUUGUUACAGUCUACCAGGAUUGGAAUGUCAGUGAAUGCGAUACGCAAGCAAAGCACAGAUGAAGAAGUCACAUCUUUAGCAAAGUCUCUUAUCAAGUCUUGGAAGAAGCUGUUAGAUGGACCUUCAACUGAUAAAGAUUCUGAAGAAAAGAAGAAGGAGCCUGCAUCUUCCUCACAGAACAGCCCUGAAGCAAGAGAAGAAAGCAGUUCAAGUAGCAAUUCCAGCAGCAGGAAGGAGGAGGGUAGCACUCCCUCAAAUUCUUUCAUCCCUUCUUUUCCCCGGGCUCCAAGCACUUCGGAUUCUGUACGAGUGAAGUGUAGAGAAAUGCUCUCUGCAGCUCUCAGAACAGGAGAUGACUACAUUGCUAUUGGUGCUGAUGAGGAAGAGCUGGGUUCUCAGAUUGAAGAAGCUAUUUUUCAAGAAUUAAAAAACACUGAUAUGAAAUACAAAAAUAGGGUACGGAGUAGGAUAGCAAAUCUCAAGGAUGCGAAGAAUCCUAACCUAAGGAAAAACGUGUUAUGUGGGAACAUUCCUCCUGACAAGUUUGCCAAAAUGACAGCAGAGGAAAUGGCAAGUGAUGAGCUGAAAGAAAUGCGCAAAAAUCUGACCAAAGAAGCUAUCAGAGAGCACCAGAUGGCUAAAACGGGAGGUACCCAAACUGAUCUGUUUACGUGUGGCAAGUGCAAAAAGAAGAACUGUACAUACACCCAGGUUCAAACCCGCAGCGCUGAUGAACCCAUGACAACGUUUGUGGUCUGUAAUGAAUGUGGAAACAGAUGGAAGUUCUGUUAGAAGAAGAAGAAAUUGUCAAGACAUCUGGACCAGUAUGAAAGAGGAUUUUUGUAAUUAGCUUUAAAAACUAGGCUAAGCAUCUAGCUUCCUGCAAACGCGAGGGGUUUUCGGUUUGUUUCUUUUUUUUUUCUUUUUUUUUUUUUUUUUUAAAGCAGCAUACAUGCCUGAAAUUAGCCUUUGUUUUGACACAACCAUCAUUUCCUUAACUGCCUUCCUUCUAGCUGAUAGUCAGUAGGGCCAGGUCGCUCAAUUGUAUGGUGAAUGUUAAAAUAUUUUUUCAUUUUUAUAAGUAAGUUGACAUUAAACUUUUACCAAUUAAACAUUUUGGGAAUUGGCUUGUUUUUUUCUAACGAUGUGAAUAAUGUACUAUAUUUUUUGUGGUCUGAAACAUACAUGCUCCUCCCACAUGUAUUUUAUCUCUCCAUAUUUGUGCAGUUGUAAGAAUGAAAUUUGCUUCUUGCUGCUGUGUUCACUAGUUUUGCGAAGAGAAAAGGCAUCUAACUUCAUCUAAUUACAUUAAACUCGGUUGUUAACUAAAUCAUAAUUUAGUUAACUCUCUAGUUUGUGCAUACUGUUUCUGAAUUGGGACUCAAUUUAUGGUCGUGGGGUUUGGAAAUUUAUUAGUGGAUGCCAUGACCUCUAUUGCAGUGGUUGGUUAAGCUUGUUUAUGUAACCAGCUUUGAUCAAUGCACUAUAUUUUAUUGCCCAAAUAAUGUAUUUUACAUUUUAUCAGUAAGUGUUAUUUCUAGGAAUGUCUUAAAAUAAUCACUUAAACCUGAUUUGAGUGUCCAGUUUUGCUUAAUGUGCCUGACAACCGAGUAACCCAUUCAUCACCAUAUGAACUGCCUGGGGACUUAAUAUUAAAUUCGCUUCAUAUAAAUGACAUUAAUUUUGUCAAAAACUGGGUUUUGAGAUGUAGAAUAUCCGAUGUCAAUCAUGGACCUGAAGGUGAGAAUAAAUUAUUAAAC